CCGGGAGAACGUUUUCUUGCAAACAACGAGCGCCCCGGCCAUGGCCGCGGUCCGACGAAGACUUAAGUCAACCACAAACCCGCCCUCAGUCCAGGCCUCGACCCGUCUCUACUCAAACCUUCAAGCAUGGCAGCUACCGCGAGUUCAGCUACGGGCGACAAACCCCACCCGACGAGCCACUACGGUGGUUCAAGGGGCUCUGAUACAGUUGACAUUGAGAUGCAGGCGCAGACAGAGCCAGUGCAAGCAGAGCAAGCAGCGCAGGCAGGGGAACUCAGCCCCGACGACGAUGACAGCAAAAGCCACAUCUCAGAAGCAGACUUCCGAGACUACCCUAUGGGCUGGCCCCGUUUCGCUCGAGAGCAGAACCAGUUAUUAAACGGCAGCAACCACCGUCGGUUCGGCGCGCUCCGUCAGCGACUCCUACACUACGACGAGGCCAUGCUGGCCAUACUCGAAGCCCGGCUCCUCGAGCUCGACAAACAAGACGCGGUCAACGACGCUUCCCAGCUUCGUUCUCUAUCGCCGGCGCAGAUAAACGUCGGCGGCAAGGGAGUCGAGCAAACAUGUACAAAGGACGAGCUGAUGGCCGAAAUACACGCAAUAGAAUCCCGCUAUUGCCAGAGGCUGCUCCAUGAAAGAGACAUUGACCAACUUCCCUCCCUCAGCCGCCUCGCGUGGAAAAACCUGCGCGAAAACGUCGAGCGGAACGAUAUGUUUGAUCAAGACGCAUCAAAGUUCCUUCGUGAGGCCGACGACUUCAUCACAACACGAGCUGAUGGCAUGAACCACCGGAUUGAGUGGCUUGUGUACGGCCAUCAGGAAUCGAGCCGUUGGAUGUCCGCCAUCAUGAACAUGUUCUUCCUGAAAGAGAGCUCUCCAAGAGGCUCCACCAUGACCAGCAGGUUCGAUCACGGCCGGCUUAAAGUGAUGCUGACCAUUUCGGUUGUGCUGAUAACCAUUGUGUUGCUCUUGGCCCCAAUGGCACUUCUGUAUCUCACAAAUUUCGGCAAGGGCCUGUCAGUUGGGAUCGUAGUCAUUUUUGGCGUUGCGUUUACGUCCAUAAUGGCGAGUCUGCCUGACAUCAGGCUCGACACUGUCUUCAUUGGCAUGUCGGCGUACAUGGCCGUCUUGGUCACGUUCCUCGCGAACUUGCAGAGCCAGUGCCAAUGCUAGCGCUAGCUUUGUCUUUCUUCGUUCGAGUCCAUGGUUAACCAGGGGGUUGUUGUCUACUUACUCGUUGUGUUGCUGCAGUUGCCAAUCUAUCCUUGUUUUUGCCUUUUCAGCCAACUUUGGAUAUUGCUUGACUCUUAGAAUUGUGAUUGCGUUAUAUACUGAUAAUGAACCUUGGAUGAUUUCUUUCUUUCUUUCUUUAUUAUUUUUUUAUUUUUAUUUUCAAUUAUUGUCUUUCAUUUCCAUUGUUUUCCUUACCGUGAAACAUUGACAUCUCCCCCAUUCCCCCCCUUUACUUUAUUUUAACUUGCCUUUUAUUCCAUUUUGGCAUUUUUUCAUGUCUUCGUUUUCUCCAUCGCGUUUCCUCCCAUCGUGUCCUAGUUAUCUCUAUAUGCCCAUGUUGUUGUUGCUCUGAGUUCCUGUUUCCUAUCUCGUGUUACACAAAGCCGACGUCGAAGUAAGGGGGAGGGAG